GUCCUGCAGAGUGAGUAGACCAGUCGACAUCUUUGAAAUCGACCGUAUUCCUGUAGAUUCUAAGGCUAAUUUGCACCCAAGGCAUUAUUUUGAGAAACUUGACUCAAGGGACCAGUGGAGUGAAUCUGGAUUUCGUCGUGUUUUGAGUGAAACUUGUCUUUGUCUUUCUCAAAGAUGGGCAGUCAGUACCAGCGCUCAGUGCCACUAGAGGUGAGGAGAGCAGAAGGAGAGAAAGUUCGGGCCAAGCAUCCUGACAAGAUACCGAUCAUUGUGGAGCGGUCCACGAGGUCACGAGCUCCUGAACUGGACAAGAAGAAAUACCUCGUGCCCUCAGAUUUAACAGUGGGCCAGCUGUGCUUUCUGAUCCGUCAGCGCGUGUCUUUGAGACCGGAGGAGGCACUCUUCUUCUUCGUCAACAACUCCCUUCCCCCAUCCAGUUCCCCUCUCUCAGCUGUAUACGAGGAGCACCAUGACGAGGACCUGUUUCUCUACAUGACCUACAGUAAUGAGAGCGUGUACGGUGCCUGAGGGAGGACAAAAGGCUGGCGAAAGACAGAGAGAAUGAGAGGAGACAAAGUGAGACUGUCUGAGGAAUAAAGAGUUAAGGCUGUUUGUAAUGCAUUACUCUGCUAUUAUUCUCUAUAUUAGUUUUGAUAAGCAACUACAGUACAUGGUGGAAGAAAGGCUCCGCACAAGGCAGAGGGGUCACUGGGAGGGUUUACCUCCGUCAGUAUUUGGGAAUGAGCGUAAUGCAUUUAAGUACAUUUCAAGUUAUGUUAAUUGCUUACUUGGUGAAAGAAGAAAGAGGAAGGAUGGAAAAAAAAGGAUGAAGUUAUUGAAAUUAUGUUGAGAGCUCUCAAAAUCUUUCUCGGUCAUCUGUAUUUAAUGCAAAUAGUUUUCUUUUUUUUGUAAAUUAAUAUCAAACUUUUGUGGGAAAUAAAGAUGAAAAUGCU